GCGUGUCUCAACACUCCUUCUCCAUAAUUUUUUGACCUCUUCCCCAACUGACAUCCCGAGAAAAGGAAACUCCCAGAGAUUCCUUGAAACCAAAACCCCCUCAACGCCUGUCCCUCCACCUCCACCUUCACCUCCACCUCACCUAAACCUCUGUUUGGCUACAAAGAUUUCUUGUUUUCCGUCGCUUCCAGAAAGCCCCAUUUCCUGCAAGAGCGUUAAUUCGUUUCUGUUGCUUUCAUUCUUCUCUCAUUUCCCAAAUUUUUCACCUCAGGAUUUUGGAUUCUUUCCGACGCUUCCCAAAACUGCAUUCCGAGAAUCAAGUUUUGCGCAACAACCUGUUUCCUUUUCUUUCUAUCUCGUUUACCGCGAGUUCCAAGCAGGAAAAGAAACGACAAAUAGAGAACCUUGCGCUGUUUGAUAACGUUUAGCGUCGGGUUUUGUUUUCGAAGCCCUACUUUUAUAUACCAACCUUCAAUUCCGGCAAGGCAUGGACAAUUUGGAUGAAGAAUCGUCAACGGAGAUCUCCAAUUCGUACAAAUUCUCUAACGGACCGUAUAUGAACCACUCGGCUUUGUUCGAAACCCGGCUUUUCUACGUGCGGAUCGCUCCGUGCGUGAUCAACAGCGUCCCGAGCCACCUCACGCUGCACCAUCUCCGCCGCGAGAUCGGUACCUCGCUCGAAAUCAACAAUUCCCGGGUACCUGCCUCGGAAUCUACGUCACUGACCCUUCGGCGCGACCGGCUCGACAAGGAGUCAUCGGAGGUAACCUACGUGAGCACUGAUACUGUCAGGGUCACUGGCGGGGUCGAGUUCGAAGUUUACGAGAACCAGGACUUGAUUCUGUGCGGGUCUUUGGAGCGAAUGGAAUCGGAUUGGGGAAAUGGGUGUGCGGGCUUGGACAACAAGGCGAGGACAGGCUGGAGUAUGGACUGUUAUAUGUCAGCGUCGAUCGGUUCUGGUUCCUCGGCGUUUUUCCAGCCGAAGCUCGGGGUUUCCUCGCCAUCAUUUGAGGUUUAUAUCGCCGGCUGUUGCUCGGGAGUGCCUGUGAUUUUGACCAAGACUAUUCAGAUUAGUCCGAGGCGGAAGGCGGUGAGGCAUCCUUUUCUUGAUGCCAUUCCGGAGGAUGAAGAAAUGGGGAAGGAACAACGCAAUGCUAAUGGGUUGGUUCGACAUAGGAAAGGGCAGAUCACGGACUCAGAUGUUGAAGAUUCUGAGCCUGAUGGGAAGAUUGGACAUGAUUUUUACCCUGAAGAUAUGUACUAUGGCGAGGAUGGCCAACUCUCUUGGUUUAAUGCUGGUGUUAGAGUUGGUGUUGGUAUUGGUCUUGGGAUGUGUCUUGGUAUAGGAAUUGGCGUUGGACUUCUGAUGCGAUCAUAUCAAACCACUACUAGGAAUUUUAGGAGGAGGUGAAUCGUGACCACCAAUAAUCUCACGUCCUCGACGGCAAUGUCCCACCGUAAUAGCCCUGCACCACCUCUCCCCUCCGUUGUCUCCCUUAACUGUAUCGAAGAUUGCGCUUUUGAGCAAGAUUCCUUGGCCGGCGUCGCCUCCGUUGAGCACGUCCCUCUCAGCCGUUUGGCCGACGGUAAGAUCGAGUCUGCCGCUGCCGUUCUCCUCCAAUCCCUUUCUUUCCUCCCACGCGCUGCCCAGCGCCGGCUUCGCCCCUACCAGCUUAUCCUAUGCCUCGGUUCCGCCGACCGCGCCGUCGACUCCGCCCUUGCCGCAGACCUCGGGCUCCAGCUCGUACACGUCGACGCGUCGCGAGCCGAGGAGAUCGCCGACACGGUCAUGGCGCUCUUCCUCGGCUUGCUGCGCAGGACGCACUUGCUCUCCCGCCACGCGCUCUCUGCUUCUGGAUGGCUCGGUUCGCUGCAACCGCUUUGCCGUGGAAUGCGACGCUGCCGUGGGUUGGUUUUGGGGAUCAUAGGUAGAUCUGCGUCGGCUAGGUCUUUGGCUACAAGGAGCCUAGCCUUCAAGAUGAGCGUGCUUUAUUUCGAUAUUCACGAGGGAAAAGGAAAAGUAAGCAGGACUUCAAUAACUUUUCCUCCCGCAGCCCGGAGAAUGGAUACUCUUAAAGAUUUACUUGCAGCAAGUGACCUUAUUUCACUUCACUGUGCUCUAAGUAAUGAAACAGUUCACAUUAUUAAUGCCGAAUGCUUGCAGAAUAUAAAGCCAGGGGCUUUUAUUGUCAAUACUGGUAGCACUCAGCUGAUGGAUGAUUGUGCUGUGAAGCAGCUUUUGAUUGAUGGCACCUUAGCUGGAUGUGCUCUGGAUGGUGCGGAAGGGCCACAAUGGAUGGAAGCCUGGUUAAAGGAGAUGCCCAAUGUAUUGAUUCUUCCACGAAGUGCAGACUAUAGUGAAGAAGUAUGGAUGGAGAUAAGGGAGAAAGCUAUUUCUAUGUUACACACAUUCUUCUUUGAUGGGAUUGUUCCAAAGAAUGCCAUCUCUGAUGAGGAGGAAGAGGAAAGUGAAAUAGCUGAUGAAAAUGAACAAUCUGAUAAGCAAGACAGAGAAAGUGCUCUGCAAGGUUCAGUUGGUGAGCGAUUGAAAGAUAAUGCUCUUGUAAGUCCAGAAAGCUCAGAGAAAAAAGAUACCAUCAAAUCCAAAGAGUCUCCUGGCCAGCACCAGGUUUCAAGUUUGUCUCGAAGCACCACUACCAGAUCUGAAGUAAGGCGAAGCAGAUCAGGUAAGAAGGCCAAGAAGAGACAUGCACAUCAAAAAUCACAACAAAAACCGGAUGAACCCUCAGCUCUGGAAAAGGAAAGUAUCUCACUUCGAGAAGAUGAUACUGCUAUGAGUGGCACAGAUCAAGCAGUAAGCUCUGGUUCACGAUUUGCUUCCCCUGAAGAGUCAAGAAGUAGGAAAACACCCAUGGAGUCAAUGCAAGAAUCAACUUCUGACCAGCGUCUAAAAUCAAAGAAGAAGCUCGGUGGAAAGUCUGAUGAACUGUUGAAAGAUGGGUAUGUUGUAGCUUUAUAUGCUACAGAUCGCCCUGCACUCCAUGUCUCUAGGCAAAGAGUUAAAGGUGGUGGUUGGUUCCUAGAUACCAUGUCAAAUGUAACCAAAAGAGAUCCUGCAGCACAGUUCCUCAUUGUUUUCAGAAGCAAGGACACAAUUGGCUUGCGAUCAUUUGCUGCUGGUGGAAAGUUAUUGCAGAUUAAUAGAAGAAUGGAAUUUGUAUUUGCUAGUCACAGCUUUGAUGUUUGGGAAAGUUGGAUGUUGGAGGGUCCCUUGGAAGAAUGUCGGCUCAUUAACUGUAGGAAUCCUUCGGCUGUUUUGGAGGUACGCAUUGAGAUUUUGGCAGCAGUAGGGGAAGAUGAUGGGAUUACUCGCUGGCUUGAUUAAAUCCUAAGAGUUAAGAACACUAACAUUUUCCUGCCCAUGAGAGAGCAGGGUCUCCAUGACAUGACUCGUGAAAAGCAUAUUCUUCUGAAAUGCUACACAUUUAGUGGCCGAAAAAGAAAGCGUGUGUUGUUUUUACCUUUGUGUGAGCUUAAGCUUCAAGCAAACUGUGGAUUCUGAUAUCCCCACACCCCUACACAAAUGGUGGAUCAAAUCGUCAAUGAUAUGUCCCAUUUCAAAGGAAUGGUGUUGGGGUCCCAAA